AUGACCGCUAAUGUGUGUCGUUCGAGACAUCUGUUGUUGGCGGAUAGUUGGGGUGGAUGCAUCGUCAUUGACCUUAUCGCCGCUAUCUCCUUUGACACUAGCCGGAUCGGGCUCUCCCAACUGUGGGCGAGGGGUUUGUGGAAGAACCUUGGAAUGGAUUGGGCUAACGACAAGGAUGGGAAUCUCGGGCGACCCAGAGACCCGGUUACCGGGAACGGAGCCAGAUCGCUUAUGUCCCCACAGUUAGCGCCGCCGUCCACUGGGCAAAUCUCAUCCGCAGUCCAUGACGAUCCCCAAGGAGAAGCUGUUGACGCAAACGUAGCCGUAACGUCGCGCGAAGCUACAAUAACCCCCUUGACCACAAACCCAAUCGUACCUCAUAUCUUCCACAGCGAGACCUUCACCGCCCUCCUCGAACGCUAUCACGCAACCCUCCACAAGCACAAGCACCCAGCGCACGCGCCGAACCUUUCGACCUCGAACGCGACCCGCCGACCCCGCUCGCGGCUGCGCACCCAAUCCAAUUAUGACGCGAGCAAGGGAAGCAAAUGCGGGCGUACAGAGAACUGGAUAGCCGGGAAACAGUUGGGAGUAUUGACGUGCACGGCGUAUAUAAAAAGUCGCGAUGGUCUUGUGCCUAGCUUGGGUUGGCAGUCGCAGCCGCAAGCGUGGGCCUGCCGAGGCACGGCGAAACAGCAGCUCCAGCCUCCGGCAACUCUGCAUCCUCAGCGACGGACAUUUCAGCGACAACGCACGAUAGGCCAGGAACCGCUCGGGAUUCUAAUCAAAGAGACCGCGAGCAAGGCGAUAACGCAAGAGCGUGGAAAAGCGGAAUCCAACACUGCGAUACGUGGACGCACCAUGCUGUCGUCGCUGGGUGUGAGAGAAAACAGUGACCCUAAGCGGCCGCCAAGGCGCUACUUCCACGCCCUGCCCCGAGAGCGCUUCACACCCAUGGCACGGUGCGCUCACGCCCGCGCAUGA